AUGGCAUUGAAUCCAUUUUCAAGACCCACCAAACUCAUGUCCUUUUCAUCAAUAUUGCUUCUACUAGCCAUGCUCAUGCCUCUGGCCAAGCCUCAAAGUCCUAGAGAAACCACCAUAGUGUUAUACUUGCAAGACUUGGCAUCUGGGCCAGAUGCCACUGUUGUCCCAAUCACUGGCAUCCAGGGCAAGCCUCAAUCUUUCACCUCAUUUGGCACCAUUUUUGCCGUUGACGAUAUCAUCACAGAAACCCCGGAUAAAGUAUCAGCCCAAAUCGGUCGAGCUCAAGGCAUCCUAGUGGCCUCAUCCUUGUCUGGCUCCAAUGUGCAUGUUUCAAUGUCACUUGCAUUCACCAAUGUGGAGUACAACGGUAGCAGCCUUGAGAUACAAGGCAUCAGCCGCCAGUUUGAGAGGUAUAAAGAGGUCUCAGUGGUUUCAGGCACUGGAUCAUUCAGAUAUGCAAGGGGAUAUGCUACUCUUGAGACAGUUUUCUAUGACAAUAAGACCUCCUACUCGAUCAUUCGAUGCACCGUUAGGUUGCUUCCAAACAGUCAAUAG